CCCAACAUAGGCGUCAGAGGUACGAAUGUAAGGGGUCCCCUGCAUCGCACAGCCUCCGAAGAUAAAGUUAUGAUGCACCCGAGCUCCUUGAAUGCGAUUCAAGGCAGGCCUUCUGCGCCGGCUGAGGAUCAAGUCUACGCUUUCACAACCCUCGCUCGCAACGUCAGCGGCAAUACGUUGUUCAUGCGCGACACCACCCUCGUUCCGCCUCUAGCUGCUCUUCUCUUUGGCGGGCGCUUGGAAGCAAGGAGAAACUUCCAGGAAUUGAUGAUGGAUGACUGGCUGCCUUUCAAGACCUUGGGUCACGGCGCACACGCGUUGCAAUUGGUCUUGGAGUUCAGGAAAGCUAAGGACAGGAUGUUGAAUAGAGCUUUCCGCUCUUUAUCCGAACAAACUGGCAGAGGUCUGGCACACGACCCGGUUAGAGAAAUUCUUGCCAAGGGACUUGUGACAUUGUUGGAUGCGAACGGGCGGCGGUCAGAAAGGGAGGACUGGGUCCCUGAGGGUUGGGGAAUGAGAAAGGAAGUCCGCAACGAUAGAUCCUAGCUUGGCUAUCAUACUGCGGCUGCCUUUCAAGGACUCAGUCUUGAUGGCGGCAGUGUUGCGCAUCAGGACUGGGCAUUUAUGUGUGGAUAUUCGCGCUUCGGAGUGCAUAGCGACGGAGAAUGGCUUUGGGAUGCCGCGGCUACUCAGCUCAAGCAUUAAGACACGCCACUGUAUAGAUUAGAAUACAAUUGUAUGCUAGCAUUCUGCUUCG